AUCAAGUUGUUGUAAUGAAUGGCUCUUGACACGAUGAUACGGCAAAAUCAAUUAUAAAUCCAAUCCAUACACCCCCUUGAGUGUAAUGGCCGUGAUCCAUGAAACAAGGAUCUCGUCACUUUAAACAUACGUACACUCGAUUUUCAACUUUGAUUUACAUUAUUUUUUCAUGCAAUUUUAAUUAUUUCAAACAAGGCCAACUGUCAAAAUCCCUCUAUAAAGACAUAAAACCAUUCAAGACCUCUUCUUAAAUUCAUCAUAAACCUAAUUAAACCUAUCAUGAUACUACAUUAAACUUUUCAAAAAACCCUCAUCAUGUCUAUCAUCACAAUUCAUAUCUUCUUCUUUGUUUCUUUUCUGUGUUUUUAUAGCCUUCUUGCAGACGUUGAAACCACAAAUAAUGGCAUCGACUGGUGGUGCAGCACCACCCCCCACCCCGCUCCCUGCACCUAUUUCAUGGCCCAACUCACCCCUAAAUCCAGGGAGGAAUUCCGAACUAUGACCAUACAGGCUGCGCUGGACCGGGCCGUCCACGCCCACACCCAGGCCAACAACGUUGGCAGCCGGUGCCGGAGCAAAAGGAAAACCAUAGUCAACCGAGACUGCAACAACCUCAUUGAAAACACAAUCCUCCAACUCAACACCACUCUGCAGAGCAUUCAAACUAACGCCAGCUUCACCAACUUCGACGCACAGACAUGGCUCAGCACCGCGCUGACCAACAUCGAGAUCUGCCGUUCCGGCUCCCUCGACCUCAAUGUCACCAAAUUCAGCUCCCCGAUUCUGUCGGGCAAUGUUUCCGAACUGAUAAGCAACAGUCUCGCAACCAACGGCGGACUCCUCGACAACUCGUCGAGCAGUUAUCAUUCCAGUGAUGAGAACGGGUAUCCGGCGUGGGUGUCGGGCCGGGACAGGGAGCUGCUUCAGGACUUGGAGCUGGCGUCGAGGGCGAACGUGAUCGUGGCGAAAGACGGGUCGGGUCACUUCAGGUCGAUCCAGGCGGCGAUCAACUACGCUACGGCGAGGAGGGUGGGGAAUGGGAGGGUGGUUGUGUAUGUGAAGAGAGGGGUAUAUAGGGAGAACAUACUGAUAAGCAGGACGAUGAAUAAGGUGAUGCUGGUGGGAGAUGGGCUUAGGUAUACGGUGAUCACCGGCAGCCGGAGCGUCUCGACGGGCUUCACCACCUAUAGUUCUGCAACUGUUGGGAUUGACGGUAUCGGAUUCAUAGCCCGAGGGAUAACAUUCCGCAACACCGCGGGGCCACAGAAGGGGCAAGCGGUGGCGCUCCGGUCAGCUUCAGACCUCUCCGUCUUCUACGCCUGCGGAUUCGAAGGAUACCAAGACACUCUCUUCGUCCACGCCCAGCGCCAGUUCUACAAAGCCUGCUACAUCUACGGCACCAUCGACUUCAUCUUCGGCAACGCCGCCGUUGUCUUCCAGAACUGCAUCAUCUACGUGCGCCGCCCACUCGUCGGCCAGGCCAACGUCAUCACUGCUCAGGGCAGGGGCGACCCGUUCCAGAACACGGGUAUCUCCAUCCACAACUCCCGGGUCAUGCCCGCACCCGACCUCAGACCCGUUGUCAGAUCUUUUAAAACCUAUCUGGGCCGGCCCUGGCAGCAGUACUCUCGGACCGUGAUUAUGAAGAGCUACCUCGACAGCCUGGUGAGCCCCGAGGGUUGGUCCAGGUGGGAAGACUCGGAUUUCGCGUUGAGUACUCUGUAUUAUGGGGAGUACCAGAACUUCGGGCCGGGUGGGUCCACGAGAAACCGGGUCAAGUGGCCUGGGUACCAUGCGAUAAGGAGUCCAAAUGUGGCAAAUCGGUUCACGGUGGCGAAUCUUAUAGCGGGUCGGGCUUGGCUGCCUUCCACUGGGGUUCCAUUUACAGCCGGGUUAUGAUGUUGGAUUACGUCUUGUUUGUUGUAUUAUGGAUUUUUUUAGUGAUUUAUUGGUUGAUUAAUUUUUGUAAAUGUCAUGCUAUUAUGACAGAAAUUAUUCGAAACUAUAUUAGAAUUGUUUU